AAAAUGCCAAACAUUAGCUGAUUUCAGCUUUUCAAAUGUGAUGAUUUGCAGAUUUUAUCACUUUUGAAUAUGGUUUGGUUUUGGUGUGGGUGUUCAAGAUGCACACAUAGCACAUUCAUACUUAAUUUACAUAAAGUGAGAGAGGGGGGCGGCCUUGAGUGACUAAAACAGGGACAAAGUUGAAACUGAAGUUUAACUGAACAUAAGGUUUUGGAGGGGGCAGGUGUGGUGAGCCUUUACACUUGAACUGCAGUGACCUGGAUUUGACCCCUCUCCCCCAGAAAGAGGAUUUCUGAUAUGGCGUUUUCUUAUUCAGCUAAGCCCGAAACUUUUUUCUGUCCUCAACCAAAAUGCACCAGUUUCAUAACCUCAACCUAUUUGCCUAUUUUAAAUCUUAAAAACAGCCGUUUCAGUGGGCUAACCGUAAAAGUAAACAUAAGCUGUUAUUUUAGUUCAAAAUUUGAAACACUUAAAACAAAACAAGAUAUCAUAAAAAAAAUAUUUGGACUUUUUUAAGCAACAAGUGGGACGUUGGUUCAUCACAAGGGGUUGUCCCUCCUAUCCUAUCCAGAUGUUUUAUUGAAUGAGGCUUGUUACACCUUCAGUGAACUCAGUCCCAGAACCACCAACACUUUUGGCACUGUUCAGACUCAUCCACACUCACUGCACAAGGCAAUGACUUACACAGAGGCCUGUACAGAAGGCAUCAGUAUAGUACAAGAAGCAUAUCAGCACACAAUAGAUUGAAUUUAAAAACUACAACUUACUCCUUUCUACCACACUGUACUUUAAUGCCCUGCUUUACAUUUAUCAAGAGAUUAGAGAACAUCAGACUGCGUCCUGACAAAGAAAGAUAUGUCUAAAUGUUGCUGUGUGUGAAGGCAGUGUGAAAUUUUGAGCUGUUGGCAGCAUGCCUCAGUUUUCUCUGGUGAUGACAUUAAUCCUGGACAUGCAUUUGACAUUUCUUUCCUAAAGUUUUUCAUUUCACACUGUCUGUCUUGGUGUAAAUUAUCAGAUCAUAAUGUAUAUUAGUAAAUGUAAGUUAAAACAAGGUUAGGUAAUAGUGUUCUUUCGAGAUGGUGGAUCAAAGUAACAUCAAUUCAUCCAAAAAAUAGAUAAAAAUUAAAGGUUCCAGAUUCUUGUCCCUGUCUCAUAAUGAAUACACACUGUUUACAAUAUAUGUGAUUGCAUUUUAAAUGAGAUUAGCUGAAGUACAAAUAUGAAACCAACUUCACAAUAAAGCCUGUUAGAGAACAGAUUGUUAAAAUGAUAACAAACCUGCUCAUUAAAUGUGGCAAUUGGGUAAUUAUUAAUGAUGUUCAUUAUAGAUGCUUAUUACACAUCAGUAUAUCAGUAUAUGUGUUAACUGUUGGGGGGAAAUCAUUGCAUAGCCCCCUGUAUAUAAAUCAUACAAUCCUUGUGAUUAUCCUGGACAUGGAUUUUCUGUGCAGUAAUCUCACUUUAGUAGCAGUUACAACUGUUAAAAGCCAGAAUUUGCACACAGCCUCGGAAAGAAAAGGGCCCAAGCUCCAAAGUCGGACGACACUCCAGCACCUCAAACAAUUCAGUUUAGAGAGCGAGAGAGAGGUAUCUGUGAUUUCCAUGAACAUCUUGUUCUGUAACUGAAGAUAGUGUAAUACAGAAUGUGUUAACAAUAAAAACAUCACUGAAUAUAAUUUCUACAAGGGAAAGUUCAGGGCUCAACCAUGAUGUGCAGAUGUCCACUUUAUAGUGUAACAUUCAGUGUUUGCUUAUUUAGACAGCAAGAGCUGUUGAACAUUGAAACCUGAAAGUUGUGAACAAGGAUCAUUUUAAAGGAUAAUGUUUAAUUUAAAGCAAGUUCUCUCACAUAUUGAAACAAGGAUCCAUGGGAGGCACCUCUGCCCUGUAUUAUUAAUUCCAGACUGCCACCUGUUGGACAAAUUCAGAUCACUCAUACUUCAGCACAUGUUUUACCUAUUAAGAAAAUAUGCAGAUGAACAUAUGAAAAACAACUUUGAAAAAAAGCCUUUGUAACAUAGAUUUGUUUGUUUAAAAGAAAAAUCACUCAAGAAGUUAAAAAUUACUGUCAACAGAUGUUUUGAAUCUAGGAAAAAUGUGAAUUCCAACUUAAAUGAGAGAAAUGUGUAAUAAAACAUGCUCAUGUGGCAUUCAUUUGCCCUCUUAAACAUGAACUUGCCCUUAAGAUCAUUGACCAAUUUACCAGUGUCCAAACUGUGUGGAAUGUGGAGGCAGGGACCUUUAGAAGUAAUCUGUUCAAUGUGAAAAUAUUGUGAACGAUUUUGCAACAUUUUGGUGUCAACGAUUCUGAAGAGAGAUUGUUCAAUACACUUUUUGUCAAAUUCAGCAAAUAUUUCCUCUUGGUCCUCUAGCUGUCAGUUCUGUGUAUCCACUGAAAAAAAUAUCUGUGCUCAUACACAGCCCUAGCUCUGACAAACAAACAAAAACAAAGUGGCUCGGACCGAGCCACAGGAACACUAUUCCUUCCAGCCAAUCAGCAACAGGGGGCGUUCGUGCUCGUGCACAGGACAGGGGCAAAGAGCGGGUGGAGAUGAUGACAGUGGCACUGGCUAAUGUGCUGAAUUUCACAACAUAAUUGCAUUGUCAAGGAGGGGAGAUGGCUGAGAAGAAACAGCCAAAGAGGAGAAGGUCAGAAGAACAAAAAUUGAAAAAGAAGGGCUAUGACCAGGCAAGGGCGAAAAGCCGAGUUAACAUCGGUGAAGCUUUCCAACGGUGGAGAGACCUCCGAGAGUUGGAGGGCAUGAAGACGGAUGCGGAGGUUGCUCUGUGUCUGCUUGACAGGCGGGUAAAACGUUCACAUUAAUUUUGCUAUGUUUCACUGAAGCAACAGUCCACCAAGAGAUAAGCUGUUGUUGUGAUGCUGAGUUUGGAGUAUAGAUUAAAAAACUAUAUUUCCCAGAAUGCCAGCGACAGCAUCUCUACACUUACGGUUACGCUCAGCGGUGACGUUCACCAAUAGCUGGAGCUGAUGGCUUGCCAUAGGUAACUGCACUACAAACAACUCAGAAAUGGUGGCAGUCGUCUGUCUAUAAUUCCUCGAUUAUUUCACUUUGUCGUCUGUUUUGCAACGAUCAUGCCGGGGAUGUGCUCUGUGCCGGGCUGUAAGGGCUACAAGAAGGCGAGAUCCCGGGGAGUCGUAUUUCACUCUCUGCCUACGAGAGACCCGGGGCGAUGUAGAAAGUGGCUAAAAGCCAUACAAAACCCCAAAUUUGACGAAAACACACCAGUUGCUAAAUACGGUAAUAUACGAGUCUGCAGCCAGCAUUUUCAGCCGGAAGAUUAUGAACCAGACAUACAGGCAGAACUUAUGAAAACAACGCCCCGAAAAAUCCUCAAGUCCGACGUUAUUCCGUCUGUUUUCUCUGGAAGACGACAAGAGGACCUCAGCACAUCUCUGCCAGCAGAUGACAGGAGCCGAACAGAGGUGAACACUCCCAGCACAGCUGCAGAGGCAUGCAUCUUAGUGGUUUCAGGUUCCAGUGUGGACACAGAGUCAAACAGGACCUCUGUGUUAACUUCAGGUCCCAGUACAUCGUCACAAGCUUCUUCAUCAGGUGUUCAAGAUACUGGUGUGGAUACUGCGUCACCUUUGCCCUCCGUACCAGUUCUUAUUGCCUCAGGAGCUCCGAGCACCUCAUCCCCGUCCCCUCCUCCAGCUGAACUCAGGGAAAGUUCGUGCAGUGCGGCGGCAUCUAAGGAUCGUCUGAAUGAGAGCUCCCACCAAGAGACUGAAUUAAGCUCUACAACAGCAUCUAAAUCAGAUGAGAACACAGAGAAAGACUUGAGUGGGUCAAGGACUAUUGUGAACAACAGCUGUUUGAUGGAGUUGUUCAAAAAGUGUCAGACUUGUGGAAAGCCAAUAACCAAAAAAAAUAUGUCUCACUGUGGUGCACAGACAAAGGUGGCAUGGAGCUGCCUUGGUGGACACAGGGGCACAUGGAUGUCAUCUCCUCUCCUUUGGGAUGCGUUUCCUGAAAUCCAUCUUCUUACAGCUCUUUCCAUUCUUUUUUCUGGAGGCAGUUUUACACAGUUCAAGACAUGGGCCAAACAUCUGCACCUGAAUUUCAUGGGGCACAAAACCUUUUUUGAAAUUCAGAAAGCAUACCUCAACCCAGAAACGAACAGGACUGAAUGGGACAAGAUCUUGGAGGUCAGUCAACAGCUGGAAGGCACUCUGCCUCAUCAGAUUUCAGAUCCACUGAAGAAAAUUAAGGCCAAGGCGAGGAGGAGAGGGAGCGGAGUGCUAUCGUCAUUGUCAAGUAAUGAAAGGAGAUCCUCGGUAUUGAUGAUCUCUACUGGAAUGUGUACGCAAGAGUCUACAUCACUGUUAAGUCUUAGACACCUAUCAGCCUCUGAAAGAGAUAAACAGUGUCAGCAGGAUGAUGAUGAUGAACAUCAGUUUGACUCUACAGAUACGACAUCAGAGGUGGACUGUCUCCAGGACAGCUUUGAGGAGAUGGAGGUCACUCUUGAUAAUGACGAAUUCAACAGUGUGAAGAACAGAGAAUCUGACUUGCAUAGGGAUGUGGACAAUGUCGCAGCAACAGCUGAGCUGAGUGCUCCAGAAGCAGAUGACAGCUGUGAUGAAGACGUCUACGUGCCUGUAAUUCCUCAAAGGUCUAAAAUGUCUGAACUUUUACUUGAAUGUGAAGAGGAGGAGCUCGAGCCAUGGCAGAAACAGACUUCACAUGUUCAUGUGAAAGUUGAAGAUGAUGUUGGAGAGUUGAGCAUUGACCAAAUAGAUUGUAAGCCGGACCCUGCACCCCUUCAGACAAAUGCAACACCACCUAAGCUGAAAGAAGAAUCUCCACAGCCUCUUGUCUUCAAUAGCCAAGGCUUCAUUGUGGCUUCUCCCCAAUUAACAAGUAACACUGAGUUCAUCGGCUCUCCUGGAAAUUCAUUACCAUUAGUAACAGUUGGCCAGCAGCAACUUUUCCAUAAAGUUUCUCCAGCUGCAGUGACACCCGAAGCCUAUGUCGUCCACACUUCUGAAGUGCAGCAAAUCAGCAACAACCCGCUGUCCUUAUCAAGCGUCCAGAGCCCUGCAGUAUAUAAAGCACCAUCAGACCAAACCACCUCACAAACCCUCUCUGAACCUUUUCCCCCUCUCUUGCUUUACUAUCCUUGAACUUACAUCAGCACAACAAACACACAACAAACUUUAAUGUACCAAGAGAACACACUACACCUCUAGAUGUUAUAAUGGAGAAGUCCACAAUUUAUUAUAAUUACACACAAUUUGCUGUCUCAAAUAAUUGUGUGAACAAAUGAAUUACAUGCAUUAUUUGCACAUUUAAGCGACUUUGCAGGCCACUGUAAGUCUGUUGGUUCUUCCAGUAUGGAUACAGUGUGGGAACCCUGCACAUAGGACCUGAUACCUCUUUUGCUAAGUUCAAUUAUAAAACUCAAUUUAGUUUAAUAUUUGGCACCAGCCUGUCAGUUACAUUCCAUUUAAAAUGUACAGGUUUUAUUGUAAUAUUGAGUACAAUAAAUUCUGAAGUCAAAACCCA